ACUCUGAACCUCGGAUGGGCACUCGGUGAUUUUUAUGAUAUACUUGAGAAAGACAGAAAAUAGUGUUAGAAAUGUGUUUAGUGUGUGAUUUUUUAGGGCAGAGUAAUUGUAUAAAAUGUAAAAAGUGUCAGAGAAAUAAUUAAAUCAUAAUCAUGGAUAACUUCACCGGGUCCCUGGACGAUCCGGUGGCGCAAGGAUGGAACUCAUCGUCGAUAGACUUCGCGGAAAUAACAAUGGACCGAACCUUUGCCCUCCUGCUUGUGUCCCUCAUAUCGGCGAUAUUAUGGAUCGUGUAUAUAAACUACUACAACAGCCGAGUACUAGGCUACAUCCUAACUAGGCUGAUAAACAAGUUCUACUUUCAAGAUGACAAUUUCAAAAUAGGUUCUUUUACUCUUAAUGCCCUGUCCGGUAAGAUAAUGUUCCGUGAUAUAGUGUACAUCAACUAUGACUAUACACUGAGGAUACAAGAUGGCUACCUCAUAUUUCGGUGGUGGCGGUCUUAUGUUCCCAAAGAUGUCUCUGAAGAUUUAUCACACUCGGACACUCGCCUCUCUAUAAUGCUAAACGGAUUCGAACUGCAUUUCUACAAUCGAUGCGACUUAUACAACGAACUUGAAAAAAUAUUUGGUCUCGAGCCCGUCAUUAAACAGCAGAAUGACGAUGACUGCACAGACCGAGACAAGGCCAUGAACGACGCCAACGAGAAGCGUCGCCGUGCGCAGGACACCGUCAGGUCAGAGGCCGCCAUGGCGCGGACGUGGCGAGACCUCAUCCCUGUCAUAAAAAUCGACAUCUGUUCCGGUCGAGUAGUUUUUGGUAACAGAUUAGUCCCAACAACGUUGUCAAUAAGCGUCGAGGAGUCACAUUUAGUUUACAGCACAAAACCGCCCGCCUCUAGUCUAGAUCACCUCAUGCACUUUGUUAAGGCCAAGGCAGAGAACUGUAAGGUCAUGCUCGCUCCUAGUCCGAAUUACACGUCGAUGGUCGAUGAGCCGCCGAGAUAUAUGGGUGAGGGCUUCGUGGUCAUGAGUUCAAACUACAUCGAAGUCUACUUCUACAUGGACGAGCCAGGCUUAGUGCCAGAACAGCCAGUCCUGCUACAGUUAGCGAAUGGAGACAUUGUUGAAUCAGCGCCACCUAUUUGGGGUGUAGACAUUAAAUGUGGGAAAGGCACAGACUUCAGUUAUGGACCUUGGGCGGAUAGGCAAAGAGAUCAUCUGUUUAAAUUUUUCUUCCCACCAAAUUAUAAAAACUUGGAGGUAACGCCACAACCAAAGCCUGGCGAUAGGCGACAAACACAGUCUUUUGAUAUUAGACUUUCAACUUUAAAUGAAGCUACCAUAGAUAUUCUGUUUACUAAGAAUAAGGAAACAAAUGCUGUUCAUAUCAAUAUUGGUGCUGGUUCGUAUCUUGAAGUAACGCUCCCAUGGAUCGUGUUGCUUGACGGGUAUACAACAAAAAUUACAGGACAGUUAUUACAUUUGGAAGCAACAACUAGCUUACAAUACAGAAGCUUGGCCGAAAGUGAAACACUCGAGUACACUGUGAAAUGUCACUACCCUCUUGUAUGGAACCACCAUCAAUGUUGGCAGCUAAGUUUAACUGGAUGUAAAGCGACUACACAUCUGGUUUACACUCAUAUCGAUUUUUUCCAAGAUUUAAUCAAUGACUGGUCAACAAAGGCUCGGCCGGAUAUUUUACACUUUGUACCUUACACAUGGAAAAUUUCACUUUUACUAAAAGAAUGUGAAGUGGUAACAGUAAGCAAUCAAUACAACUGGAUAGAUUGCAGUUCUACUAACCAAGAGAACAAUCAUGUCGCAUUCUGUGGUGACCUACUAGACGUGUCCUUCGACUUGCCGUUUAUCGAUUUCUUGCCAGACGUUAUACCGCUAAAGAUCUGGGUUCAAGGCGAAGCUGUUGACAUGAGUCUAUACAUGCCCGAAGUAAAUACUUCUAAACUUCUUUUGCUAUCUAUUGAUAAAAAUAUGAAGUUGGUCCCCUGCAGACUUAAAGCUUCAAAGUGGAGGAGAAAAUGCGUGAAAGCUCAAGGUUGGGUCGAUUGUUGGUCAGUACCUAUAGUGGCUUUGAGCGUAAGAUACAACUAUCAUCCAAUCCCUCCCUUAGGGCCAGAACCCCAAGCCGACAUUACCACUCCAGAGAAAGAAGAAAUUCUCUUAUCACCAAUGAGAAUACCAAGAAUGAGAAAACAGCCCCAAAUAAAUUGGCCUCUAGAUGGAAACAAAUUUGACAGAACAACGCUACCACCAGACAAAGUAAGUGUGGAACUUGAAGUGGGACCUUCGAUCCUACUGGCCUAUGGAACUAUUAUAACAAGCUUUAUGAAUUUACUAGAAAAUAUAUUUGGCGAAGACCAAACGUUUACUGACAUGCAGAAAUCUCCUAACAUGGAAACUUUUCACUGGACUAGUGAGACUGCAAAAGUAAAUGAUAAGACCAGUGUUAAUCAACAUACAGAAAUAUCAAUGGAUGACUCGACGGAUUCUAGCAAAGGUCCGUUUGAUCCACGACGUUAUCGACCCUUAGAUGUUACUGUAUCAAUAAUAAUUCACGACAUCCAAGCACAUUUAGUCAAGAACUGCAGUGAAAACGAGCCGCCUUGUCCAGUCGUCCUCAUUGAAAGAUUUGGAUUCGAAAUGGACAAAAGUUUCAAAGAGACAAAGUUACAACUAUUAUUAAGUCCGUCAAUAUUAGUAUCUGCUAAUAACUUAUCGCGAACCAAUCCUACUAAUUCAGGGGCUUUGUAUCAAGGUCAUUUGAUGCUUUCGUCAUUUCAAUUACGUGGAAAUGGUUUCUUUAGUGACACAAACCGAACCGUUGAAGAAGAUACUGUAGAGUAUGCUUGGAUGAUGGAGCUACAGUUGGGUCAGCUAACUGGCAGACUGACUUUACCCCAGUUAUAUCAAAUUAUAUCAUCACUGGAAACGUUCCUACUGCUUAUAUGUGAUAGCGAAAACGAACUCGUGCCGCCAAACCCUGCGAAACAAUGCCAUCACGGCAUGAAUAAUGUGAUGUGUCCAGAAACCGACCUAACUUUAAAGUACCGGUGUCCAACACCCAACGAAAUCAAAUACAAAAUGAUACGAGUUGCGAUCGAUCUCAUUGAUAUUUAUAUUGCUGACUCAAACACAACCUUACAAUCCUGGAUAUCACCAGUCAGACUUAGCUACUGCAACUUACAUGGUUCUGGCUUUGGUACAGGAGUGACUGGACUAUUACCAAAUAUAAAAUUAGCUCUCUACACACAAACUAACAUGCAGACCAAUACUCACCAUCAUUCCAAUGGAAGCAACAACAGCCAUAAUAAACCGCCAGAAAACGACAACUGGGUGGGCGUUGGGUCACUUGCCUUAGGACCACUAUUGAUCGAAGCGGCGUCUUCCCUGCCUCAAACUCCUAAAAACUUGCAUUUAGUCCAACAGAAGUUUUUGAAACUUCACGAUGACAAGACAAAAAGACUUUGGUUCUUAUGGCCAGUUGAAGGAAAGAGCUCUCAAUGUGGUUGCACCGGUGGUUGCGCUUUCUUCGGAUCGAAUAGAAACGGACCUAAUUUCUUGAAACCUAACCCCAACGAUCUUAAUGAAGGAAUCAACAUCGCUAUGUUUAAUAUAAUAGAGACUGCUCCUGGAGAAUAUGGAUAUGGACAGAGUUUGCUACACACUGGGCAGUUAGUGUUCCACACGCCGCCUUAUAAUAGUUUGAACGUCUGUCUCCAGCCUACAAAUGUGGCUACUCUAAUACCGUCUCCACUGCCUCAAAGCUUGAACAAGUCUCCACAGAGUGCUGACCGUCGCAGCCUCACUAGAAGAUUCUCAUACACGAGCAUGAGUAAAGGAAGUAAUAACUUAUUAGUUUCGAGUACAAAAAGCGAUGUACCCUAUGCCCGGUUAGUUGAUGCGUCUAUACCGCUGGGUAGCACAAAAAUUGACAGUGACUCUAAACUUAACAAAAGUAUUCUCAACGUUCCGCAAAUGGAAAGCAGUGUAUCUGAUUCCAAGUUAGCAUUAAGCUGUGGAGCUAAAGACAAUUCCAGUGUCACCGGAAAAAAGCCUGUUCCUUCUGAAGCAGAAACUUUUGUGGUACCAAAAGUGCCAGCGAGAAGUGUAGCUAUAUCAGAGUCGCACUAUUCUUUGAACUCUCAAGUCCCACCAGAAGAUACUUUACCACAAGAAGUGCAGAGAACAAUGUCUAUAACAAGCGAAAACCAUUCAGAAGCUUUCUUUUCGGCCGACGAAGACAUGUUCCCGAGCCGAUCCUCAAGCCUGAAACAUUCCUUUGGCAGUCGCCAUAGCAAUCCCAGAGAUAAGAGUUCCUUCGGCAUAAACGAUAUUACCAAUGAAAAAUGGACUAGUCCUAUAUCAAAAUCAGAAGCAGUAGACCUACCAGAUACUAUAAGCAACUUGAGCACAGGGGUUCAACCGGACUCGGAAACUGGGUCCGUGUCAUCUACGUCUUUUAUUUCAGCGAUAUCUUCACAGGAAGAUAUGACGCUUGUCAAUUUGCAUAUGCAAACCAAUAAACCGAUAGUAGACUCUCCUCUUCUUAUGGCUAGCUACAUGCACAACUUGCCUCAAUACAAAUGCGCAAACUGGUCGACGUGUUCUUUGCCAAGUGGCAGUGACGCAUUUACUGUACCACUCUUCAAAAGGGCUGAUGAUGGAACUUUAGUUUAUGUUGGACAAAAGUAUUUACCAAGUUUUGAGCCCCUCGGCAAAGUGAAUAUACUCAGAUUGAUAUCAAAGAAAGAUGCUAAUAAUCAGAAUCAGCAUGGACCAUACUCAAAUUUACCUCCACAUUUCAACUCUCAAGUUAAAGCUCAUCCUUACCCACAAGGUUGGUGGGAUGUGCAGCAAACCGUACAAGACAGCCAAGAAAAUGCUACAGAAAAAAGUACCACAUCCACUGUUACGACAACAAGUGAUUCUAAAAGUGGAUUAUUCGUCAAACUGCGAGGUGAAAUCGACAUAAUGUUGACUCCCCUUGUUUUGGAAAGUACACAGAAAUUCGUCGAGUCACUAACUCCCGUUUUAGCGAACAUACACCCAAUUACUGUGAUAAACCACUUGCGUCUGCUUUGUAUUUCAUCCGUGUCGAGUGCUAAUGUUCUGAAACAAAAGCAGUACGUACAAAACUGGCUGCCACAGAUGCAGGACCGCAGCCAGUCCAAUUUAGUUACGGAUAAAGAUGACAAGUGUAAACUUGCAACUAUUCCUCAUUCUAAUGUAUAUGAGGAAAGUAUUUGUGAGCAACUACAAGCUACUGUGACCAUUCCCAAAGUCAACAUGAUCUUCAUCCAGUCGUCUGUGGUUGAGGACAUGAUAUCAUUCUCAGCUCUGGACAAUAUUCAGGAUUUGACUUGUGUAUCCUUGUUUGGAGUAUCAGUCGAAAAUAUAAUAGCGAAAUACGUGAGUGCGAAAAAGAAUCUAGAAUCGGUACAGUUGUACUACCGACCUACGCUGCGGGCGUUGGGAAGCAAAAAGUCCUUCGGGAUAAUGAAAGGUCCCCGAGCUUUAAUAUCAGCACAGUCGUCUGGCAAAAGACGAGGGCCAGAGAGGGGAGAACCGGUUUAUAUAGAAGCUUCACAGCAACAGUGUGAGGAUACGACGAUUACACUGAAUGUCGGCAAAGUUCAUGGUCAAUUGCGUCGCAUUCGCAACGAGUCGUGUCAGUUAAAAGACGUGACGAUAACAGGGAUACCAAGCCAACACUCCAAAGUUGCAUUCAAGUUUAUUCGUGUUGAUAGCUGCGCUAAAGGAUGCGAGUCUAUGUGCUGUCAAAGUGGAGCACCAGCUGAAGCCCAAAAAGACUGUCCCAUCGGCUACAUCAUGUUCGAAUGUGGUCUCGAAAGCAUUUCUAUCAAAGUAUCCAAACACUCACAAUCACACAAGCCGUCGCAGAAUGACGACAAGAAACCUGUGAGAGCUGAUAACGAGAGCUGUCGGGAGUCCGUGAAAUCAGCUGAAGAAACUAAACCAGAAAAAGAAAGGAGUACUAAGAGCAGGACUUCUGGUAUCGAAGAUUUGUUCAGGAAGAGGGAUUCCAGCUCGAAGCCGAGCACUCCGAACUUAGGGACUGCCCAGCCUCCUCCGGUACCCCCUCCUCCUGAGCCAUCCACACCAGGUCCUGAUGAGCCCUCGAAUAACGACAGUACUGCCACCGUCGUGCCGCUCAAGGAUAAUGGGAAUACGUCAUCAUGCGCCAUCGACUUGAAAGUUGUGUGGUUUAACUUUGCCGCGCCUCCCCGUACACCCAUCACGAAGAAGAUUGAUUACACCAGACUUGAUUGGAACCUGCUAAGUACAGCGUCCCCUGCUAUUAACGCGUGGAUGAACCCGUGCAACCGUCUCGGUAUUCGAGUAGUGGCGUUGUACCGCGCGUACGCCAGGAGACUGACGGCCACCGCGGCCAGCCUUAUGGCAGCUGCUCUUGAUCUAGCACCACAUCAUACAUUGCCAAAGAGUCGUUAUGGCCGACACACGCCCAUGGCUAAGCAGUUACGCGAGGAGCCCUCGCUCCAGCUGUGCGCGGUGCUACUGCGGUACGCUCUGCAGGCCGACGCCGCGGCCGUCCAGGCCGACCUCGCUGAGAGACAUCUGCCGUCUUUGUCUACUUUGAGACAGGGGGUUAUAGUUCUCAGCCGUCAGUGGAAGAACAUCCUGUAUACGCCGCUGCUGUUAGAACACAACUACAAGAGCAAAGUCAUGAAGCCACUCAACGUUACCUUUGCUUUGCCCGAUUUACUUGAGGAUUCAGUGGAAGGGUGGCAAGAGUAUCCACUGGAAACUGAAGCAUUGGAUGAAAACUGUUUACUGCUGAACAUGGACGUCGAUAAAGUCAACUUACCUGCGUCCGGCGUGGCGGCUAGUCCGCGUCCGCACUCGUUCCCAUCCACGCCGCCCUCUGUGCGGGGCGCGCACAGCAGCCGCGCGAGCCUCGUGUUCCCCUCACUGCCAUUCUCGACGAGGAAACCAGCCUUCAAUGACGACGCCAUCGCUAUAGACUACGGUACCCUGAAGGAGGACCUGCCCACGGUUGGGUCCAACCCUUCGUUAUACUCACCUCACGGCAGCGAUGAGAACAUUAAGAACGAUCGAGCCAGGGAAGACCUCUACCAAUGGAUGGCCAAACAGGAACCUAUCAAAGUGGAGUCAAAGAACAAGAAGCCAAUAAUCCCUCCUUCGAAGAUGAACCCCCGCGCGGUGGCGGCCGCGAUGCCGGCCUGCAGCCUCUACCCCCUGCAGGGCUCGCUCAUGCUGCUGGACGCGCACCUGGUGUUCCAGCCCUUCCUGGCGGCCUUGGGAGUCUCACCGCAUCAGGUUACACAGGGCGAAUCCAAAAACAAGAGCGGUUCCGGUGACGGUGUGAACAGCGGCAGCGGUGGCCCUCCAGCGUUAGACUCACUCGGCUCCAAGCUGUCGCUGAUCGCGUGGAUGGACAUGUUCCGCAUCGACAUCGUCGUCAGCGACCUCGCCGCCAGGGACCGCCGACAUACUGGUAAAGGGAAGGCCCAAACGCACACCAUCCAAUCAGAAACUCCCGCCUUCCUCUGCGAGAAGGUCUCAAUCGACGUAGACCUGAAGAAAGUCGCGGACAUGGCUGUGGACGACCUCAUACAAAGACAGAACGUCCUCUAUAUAUCUAGGGGGCAGUUGAAGAAGCACAUCAGUACUAUGCUCAACUUUAAUAUCAGCAUACGGUUUAUCUCGCAACAAGUGAACAUGCCUCUACUGCGGCUUCUGCACCAGAUCAGCAACAUGUACCAGAACGUGAAAGACACUCAGAUUGAACUGCGGAGUCAGACCAAGAUAUCGCAUCGCCAGAAUAAACAUACUUCGUCAUCAGUCUCAGACUUCAGAGAAAACUUAGUAAGUGUUACAUCUCUGGAGAAAGAGGUACAGUACGCUACACUUGAACCUAAAUGGGACCUGAUUGCUCCUGCCCUGAACCCCGAGCUGGCCGCAGUGGUGCCUCAGUCGCUAAGCCAGCAGAAGUUGAGUCAGCCCACCAGACCUAGGCCACAAUCCUUUGCGCAGAAGUUACGGUCUACUGGGAAGAGCGUGAAGGGAAAACUUGGCUACAGCUCCCUCAACGAGGGCGCCCACACGCCUAUGUACGUGGGCGGGUCGAGCGGGGCGGCUGGUACAGACGGGCCCACAGUGACAGGCCCGGCCAGCCCGCUGGCGGCAGGCGGCGUGUCCCCGCGCUCGGCCUCCGCUGACGCCGCUGAUGGGAAGCUGGCGCCGCGCUGCUGGAGGACUGUGUAUCUACUGCUAGACCUGUACGCGAAUAUGCCCGAUGCGGAGACCAUCACGCACCGAUUCUCAGUGACGACGGACAUCCCGGAACACUACCGCCACAGCCGCACCGCCCAGCGGCCGAGCUCACGCGAGCAGAACACCAGCAACUCCUCCUCCAGUGCUGCCAACAUGGGCAUGGUCGUUGUUGGUGUUGCCAGGAUCCACCGCACCCGCCUGCUGGCUUCCCUGUCAGGACUGAAACUGGAGGCAGAAAUCACGUCCCUCCAGGCGUCUCUGUCAGCGUCAAGGUCACGCCAGUGGUCCCUCACCGGUAACCUCGGGAGGACUAUGAUAGUACUGCUAGAAGGUGCAGCGCCUAACCAGCAGACCGUGGUCCGCGUGAGCGUGGGCAAGUCGCAAGCCCUGUACGGGUGGGAGGCGGGGCGGCAGGGCGCCACCGCCCUGCUCAACGUGGGCGGCGUGCGCGUGGACCUGCCGCAGCAUCCCGUGGCCCUGCACGGGGUCAUGACGCGCUCCAGCAGGCAGCUGUCCUCCACGCUGCAGGAACUGGGCGUGACCCGCACGUCGUCCCGGCUGUCCCGCGCGGGCCCGGGCGCGGCGGGCCCCGCGGGCCCCGCGGCCCCGGGCUCGGGCUCCUCGUCCGAGGGCUCCCCCGCGCCCGCGCCGCGCCCCCCGCGCCCCCCGCGCCCGCCCGCUCCACACCCGCUACUUAACCCACUGCAUUUACACUUCUCCGUUGUACUUCAGAGUCUAAGUAUAACGGCGGCGUUACUGCCGUCCCUACAAGCGCAGUACAAGAUGGAGCAGGUUCAGAGCUCGGGCGUGACCGGCAACAAGGCGCAGUUCACUGUGGACCUACAGCAGCACUCACUCAGCUUCGUCACUAAGCUACAAGUGUCGGAGGCCAACAUCCCGGCGGAGGCGGCGGUGUGGCUGCCCGGCGUGCACGUGGCGGGGCGCGUGCUGGAGCAGCGCGCGGCGGCGCGGCGCGACGGCGCGCUGCUGCGCGCGGGCCGCUACGUGGCCGCCGCCGCCGACAUCGGCCUGUUCGAGCACACGCUCUCCACCGACCUGCUCAACCACCUCGUCUUCGUGCAGAAGGUUUUUAUGAAGGAAGUUAAUGAAGUGGUACAGAAGGUAUACGGCGGUGAAAAGCCUGUGCCUCUGUGGAAUGAAGAAGAAGCCUCCACGUCAGCACUCAGCAGGAUAUUGUUUUCACUCACUAUUCGAAUCAAGCGUAUCCAACUGACAGCAACGACUCCAAGCAACUCCGCAGUGCGCCUGGAGACAGGUGCGGUCGAGUUCGAGAUAUCGAACCGCGUUCAGAACGUACAACAACCCACCGAACCACAUGAAGUUAGAUUAUUUGCGAGAGCACAGGUCGAUGUCAACUUGAGUCUCGGUCAGUUGAUCAGAAAUGCGAUGUUUGAGGAAGCCGAACCGGAGUUCCAGCAGUAUGCAUUCUUUAAUACAAGGAUAUCAAUGCGCAACGCCUUCCAAGACGAGAUGGUAUGCGGUGAUGAUAAGGAAGUCGUUCUGAUCACACUGAAGCGACCUCUCAUAUACAUCCAGCCGGUCGCAGUGGACAAGGCCAUACUCGUGUGGCUCAACUAUAAGAACGCCUACGAGUACUGGAACGAGAAGAGGCUUAACCUCAAUACCGAGGUGCUGACUGCCACGCAACAGGUGUUUGAGAAGGUACAAUUGACGUCACAGAUAACGACGCCACACCUCAGCACUUUAUUCCUGCAACUGAAUGUCGACGAUAUUGGUAUUUGCUUGCCGCUCAGUCCUCCUCCUAUGGCCCGCUGGGGGCUGGGGCGCGGCGCGUGGGGCGCGUGGGGCGCGUGGGGCGCGUGGGGCGGCGAGGGCGAGGCGCGCGGCGCCGUGGUGGUGACGCUGGACAGCACCAGCAUCGGCGCCUGCUCGUCGGGCGCGCUGGUGUCCAAGGGCCGCUUCGUGGGGCUCUGUCUGCGCUUCGCCGACGACUUCGAGGCCUCGCUGGACGACUGGAAGCCGCGCGCCGACGAGCCCAGCCUCAACGUCUGCUGCGUGUCCGAGGGCACGUACGAGGUCUGCUCCAGGACUACGGCUGCCAAGCACAACGAAAACGCCAAAUGGUUCCUGAACGUGUCAUGGCAGAUGGAAGGUGUGGAUAUCCACUUAGAUGUGAAUGUGGGCAAACAACUCUCCGCGCUAGGACACACUCUCACUAUGCUAACAGGGUAUGAAGAAGAAGACCCGCUCAAGAUGGACUAUGAGAGCGAUAUAGAUGAUGAGGCUGAUAACAGCAAAGAUUCUCAGGAGAGCAUAAUCCUCCGUCGCAAAUACACGGACCACCUGCCGGCCUUCGUGUUCGACACCAGCAUCGACGCUAAGAAGAGGUCCAAGCUGAUAGAAAAGGAGAUGAACGAACAAGCCAAGAUCAUCAACGACCUCCGCACUCUGGGCGCCAGUCACACGACCAUUGAGUACGAGAUGAAGCGCCUGCAUGAUCUGGAAGCUCUUGUGUUUAAGGACUUUAGAAGGGACAUGAUCCAGAAGCUACGUCGUCAGAGCGUACGCGCCAGCUCUAUAACGAAGGGCAAGCUGGGGCUCGGCUCCAACAGGAGCAAGUCCUUCGUCGUGCCCACCCCGCCGCAAGAGAGGAAAGACUUCGAAGGCGUGGCUGAACCAAACCUGGCGAUGUCAGCGGGCACAGUGGGUGACUCGGGAGAGACCUUACUGCUCGGUGAUGAAGACAACAGACUGGCCGACAUCAUCGAGGGAGGCAGCUGGAGCUCCAUGGAGAGUGAGCCUCUUACUGGCCCGUCCCGCUCGGCGUCGCUGCGCGGGCCGCGGGCGGGCGCGGGCGGCGCGCGGCCGCCGCAGACGCCCGCCGUGCAGCGGCAGAGCUCGCUGCCCGCGCACCCGGACCACUGGCCCGACGACCUGGACGCUGUCGAGCUCAGGAGGAAACAUGACCACAGCAGUUUACCGCAAUCGGAAAUGCCGAGCGCUGAGAACAAAACUAGCAAGUCCAAGACAGCCGAGCCCAACAUCGAUUUUGAGUUGGACGUGAAGGUUUACAUCAACAGUGGGAAGUGCGUGUUACAUACUAAAGAGCCCAGCAAGGAAGAUGAACUUAAAAUUGGCAGCCGCAUGCGCGUGGGCCGCUCCGCGUCGGGCGGGCUGGGCGAGGCGGGCGCGAGCGCGAGCGGGGCGGGCGGCGCGUCGCCCACCGCGGCCCGGCGCAAGGCCCCGCACGCGCGCCACCAGCCCGUGCUCGACCUCACCGUGUUCCGCGUGCCCGGGCUCGACCUCAAGGUACACUACGAAUCCAAGACUCUGCCGGAAGAGGCGGUCUCCCCUCAGACGGUACCGCCGCUGCCUCUAAACGUGGGCGCGAGGAAAGUGGGCACCAAGAAGGCGGCGCUGUUCGCCUGGAUCACGCUUCAGAGCAUUCCGGAAGAAACCAUCAUCAGCCCACAUAUACUCGAGUUCUUAGAACAGACUUUAGAACCAAUUCCAACGAAAGCUUCGUUCUCUACGCCGACACCCGAAGCGGAGAGUGGUUCCCGCUCGCGCUCAGCCGAGGGCGCGUCGUACGGGCAGUACGUGUACGCGUCGUUCCCGGUGGACGUGAUCGUGCACUUCCACAUGCAGCCCAGCACGUUCCGCUUCAGCUGCCUGCCCGCCUCGCGCGUCGAGUGCCUGCUGCAGCUGCCCAGCCUGCAGAUAGUCUUCAGCUCCAAGCGGGCCAGCGACGAGGAAAUGGAGCCAGCAGUAGCGAUGGGCGGGCUGAGCGUGACGGGCUGCCUCGCCGACUUCUCCGUCAACAUGUUCCACCCGUACGGAGGCAAGAAGUCCAGUCUCAAGGAGGCACAGUGGUCCCCCCUCUCGGACACGGAGCGGAAAGACUCGCUCAGUAUCAACGUGGAAUUCGUCAAGUUCCAUCUGUCCAGAUCUAGGAAGUUGGACUUCCAGACUGAUCAGGAUCAAUCGAAAGCUACUGUAAGGUUUUCAACGAUUGUGGAUGUGGGUUCAGCAUGGUUCAAGUACGACAUGCGCCGCCUGGGUGAGAUCCUGGCGUUCCCCAAGGCCUGGUACAGACGCACCAUCGUGCGGCGCAUGUUCCUCGGGGAUCUGAGUCUGCAUGACACCAGGGACCAUGGUGUUCCUUGCAACGCACCUGUAUCACCCGUACUGCCUCAGAGAGAGAAAAUUAAGACUGUUGAUCCUCAAAAACCCAAAGAUACUAAAACCCCUGCUCCGUCGAUAGGCGCAGCGUGGGAGACGCUUGUGCUAUUCGCCGUCAACUUCACCAAGCUCAACGUGCACAUGAACAUGGGCAACGUUAUGGGCAAUGUCAGCUGGCAGAGCCGUGAUUUCAACUGCACGGGCCGGCUUAGUAUCGGCAGCACGGGACAUCGCAACAUGUUAGUGGGCGUGGCUCUAGCUGGGUCCGAACUCGACGCAAGAGGGGGCAUCGUCGGAGGAGCUAUAUCACUGUCAUCUAUAGAUACUUACGUACACAUUGAGGAGGAAGCGGGCUGCAACCCUGGACACGUGUGUGGAGUCAGGCUGGCGGCGCUUGAGCUGCGGCUAGAGUACAUGGGGACUCCCGUCCUGCUGGCCCGCGUGUCCCGCCUGGCCGCCGCGCUGCGGGACGAGUGGCUGGCCCGCGCGCGCCGCCCGCCGCACCACCCGCACACCCCCACCUCCAGGCCGGCAAUAAUCUUGACGCAUGGCACGCUGAGCUGGCACCAGCUGCAGAUCCUGAUGUCGCGCAGCACGACGCCCGACCUGCUGAAGAUGCAGCUGAAGCUUGAAGAGUUCUUCACGCAGCAGUUCAAGUCCAGCAAGCGCGUGUUCAGCUCGCUCAGACCUAACUACUCCACAGCCAGGAGGGAUCGACGUGAACCGGCGCCCCCCGCGGCGGCGGCGGAGGCUGCCCCGCCGCAGCAGCAGGAGCUGCGCCACCACCGCCACUGGCAGAAGGUGCUGCAGCUCGUGUCCGGCAUGCAGCUGUCCACGCUGCCCACGCCGCUGCCCGCCAACGGCACAGUCCUCGGCGGUACGAUGGAACUGCACGGCACAAACAUAUCGCUAGCCUGUUUCCAUGGCAACAGUUUCAAGUCCAAAUCCUGGGCGCUCUUCAGCCUCAAGGACCCCUGCAUCAGCUUCGCCACGGAAGCACAGCAAGUGGCUAAUGAUGACGGAGCGCUGGAAGUGCACGUGGUCCAGAGCCUGACGGCCAGCCUGGGCGGCAGCGCCACGGCGGGCGCGGGUACCACUCGCGCGCACCAGUCCAUGGCCACGGUGUGCCGCAUGACGCGCGCGCUGCUCUUCCCGCCGCAGUUCAAGACGCUUAAGGAAUGGUUCCAUUAUGCAUUUGCCAACAGCGAGAUUGACGCGAUCGAGUUGUUCCCGUCGCUGGAGCGCGAGGCGGGCGGGCCGGGCGCGGCGGGGGGCGCGGGGGGCGCGGGCGCGGGCGGGGAGCGCGAGCGCGCGGCGGAGCGCGGCAAGGGCGCGGCCGACAAGCACGUGCGCGAGGUCAUCUUCGCGCUGCCCUCGCUGCAGCUGCACGUGCGCACGCACCAUCUGCAGGGACACGCGCCGCCCACCGAGAACGAUGAGAAGCCAGUAGUGGAGUGCAGUUUCAUCACGGAAUUCGAGGACCACAUAUUCGUGUCGGUGGACGCGGAAGCGUUCCUGUUCCUUCAUGACCUCAUCUCUUCGUACAUCAAAGAAAAGGAUAGAGUGAUGACAGGCGCGGGUCGCACGGCGUGGGGUGAAUCGGGCCCUGCGGGCGCGGGCCCCGCGGGGCCCGGUCCCAGCGGCGCGGCCGGGGCCCCGCGCGCCGCCGCCAGCGACUACCGGGACUACCGCUGUGUCACCUGGCAUCUCGAGCCCACCGUCAGAUUACUAUCGUGGGCCGGCAAGUCGAUCGAGCCCUACGGCGUGGACUACAUCCUGCAGAAGCUGGGCUUCAGCCACGCGCGGACCACCAUCCCCAAGUGGCUGCAGCGCGGGACCCUGGACCCGCUCGACAAGCUGCUGUCGCUCGUGCUGCUGCGUCUGGUCGCCAUCGUGCCGCACAAGUGAUACACUACCUUAGCAACACACAAUAAAAACGACAUUCCCUUGUAUUAUACAAGGUAAGCUACCCAAACUUGUUACCAUCGUGCCGCACGAGUGAUAGCCAACCUUAUUUUCACACGAAUUAAGACUAAAUUUAAUUGUACAAUGUAAGUGGAACGAACUCAUCGUAAUGUUGCGAGUGAUAACCAAACUUAUUUACACGAGAAUUAAACUGAAAUUUAAUUGCCAAGUACUACGUAAGCUGUCGAGAUCCGACACCAUUGUGCGGCACAAGUGAUAAACACCUUUAUGACAUCUUUCGUUAAGUUUAAAAUAACUUGCUAGUCUUACAACAGAGUUUAUGACUGUUUUAUUCUAUUACUGGAGUAAAUAAUUAUAAAGCCAGUGGCUUUUAAGUAAAAACUAGCGAUCGACAUAUCGAACGAUUGUAACGCGAUUUUGAACUAUCGCACACGAAUUAACCGACAUUUAUAAAUGUUUAGAGUGUUUAGACUAUAGUUUAAUCCUAUAAAUACAUUUUUAUAAUUCGACUUUGAACAUUCCUGUACCAAACUUAUAUUCAACUAUAUAACAACACGUUAAAGUCGAAAUUAGUAUCAAAUUGAUGCGGGAGAAAUUUAAAGUGAAGAGGAUAGAAGAUAUUGAUAAAACGAAGAUGGCCUUUGGUGUGUUUGUAGUAAUAUUAUGUAGAAAAUUACCGUUUUUACUAAAUGUAUACAUAUAAAAUGUAAAAUUAGUCCAAAUUGAAUCAAAGAAUAUAUUAUUCUUCAAUAUUGUAUAGUAAAUAUUUAUGUAGAGUUUAAAAACUCGAAAAUGAUAACGAGAUUAUUUUUAGUACUUGAGGAUGCGUGUGCGCAUCACUAGAAGUUAGAUGUUAUUUAAAUAUGAAAUGCAAAUGAUAUUAUUGUAUUUGAAUAUUUCCUUGCUGCCUAGUUAAUCCUACAUCGCUUAGACCAACACUUUACAUUAGCUAGGAAAUUAAAUUUCAUGAAUUUAUACAAAAUAUGAUAUUAAUCAGAUUAGUAACUCGUUAGCAUUCCCUUAUCUAAUCACGUUGGUGUUAUACAAACUAAAAUAUAAUCCAGUUUUUUUAGUAAAAGUACAAUUAUAUGUGGAGAAUAUUAACCUAUGACGUUCGUGACGAUUGGUUCAUUAAAAUGUAAAUACAAAUCAUUAUUUCAAUCUGAAAUGAAUGCUGGGGGCGAUCCGUUUCUUUUUUGGUUUUCGCCAGUAUUUGUCAAGGAAGUGUUUUAUCACUGUAGUAGGUUUAUACCAUUCUUUUUAACUAUUUAACUUUCCUGGAUGGGAGAUUUUAUUUCGAUGAAAUUUAGAAUUAUAUCAGGCAGAUUAGUUUUGAAAGGUGGGCCAACACGACCAUAGUCUAUAGUAGAUUAGAUAUUAAAUACCUAUAGCAAACCAAAAUAUAGAUCACUUUUUACAAAAUAACCGAAUCAAAAUCUGUUAUAUGUGAUGAGAAAACACUACUGUCAUUUUAAUAAAAAAUAUAUUGUUAUGGUCGCGUUGGCGAGUUAGCUGCAGGUAAGUAGUACUAAGGGACACUUUCCACUGACACAAGACUUGUUAUGACUCCUAUAAAAAGUGCUAAGAUUAUACCAGUAAUUAUUUAAACAAAUCGUCAUAACUGACGUUGUGAACUUGACACAUUAAUCUUUUAUAUAGAUGAGGAUUUCGUAACCGAUGGAAACAGGAAAAAUCUGUGGAAACUGUCCCUCCAAUGUACCUUUAAUUAAUUUUAAUUUGCGACCAAAUCCAUGUUCCAUCACAUACUUAGUUAAUUUGUUAUUUAAGGUGGGAUUAUUCUGUGAUCAUUGUGAAUGCAGUUAGGUGUUAAGUUGCGUGGUUGAUUUAUUAUAUUAUUGUCUUUAUGUUACGUUAUUUUAAGGUUUACAAUCAUUUGCAUACCUGGAGCCUAUUUCAUGAAUAGUGACGUUAACCAUACUGUAUAUAACUACAUACAUAUAUGCUGUACAGAUCAAUACAAGCUCUUUUAGACGUCGACAGUCCAAAGAUCAUUGAAAUCAUUGUAAGUAUUAACGAAGAAAUAUAAAGAACCAUUUAUUUAGUCUUGGUAAGUAUUACUACAUGAAAUAGGACUCUAGGAUACCAUUAAAUCUGAUUCGUUACUUAAGUAAUGUCACUAUUUGUCCAGGUAAAGAUAUUUUUAUAUCAGCUUUAAGUUUGAAUUAAGUCACUACAAAUAAAACCUAGUGAUUAAGUAAUAACACAGUUGAUCCAGUCAUGAAGUGUAUCUAUCGAUGUCACACCGUAAAUAUAAGUUACCUAUUUCCCAUUAAAUAUAAAAAAUACGACAAAUUACCUAUACUUAGUUAAUCUGUGGAAUCUUAUGUCAAAUGCUGUGAUUGGUUGAUAGUAUUUUGGCCAACUUUUUACUUUAGGACAGAGCUUACAUAAACAAGCCUUUCAGUUAUUGUGUUCUGUUAAGAAAUAUAAGUAUAUAAUGGAAUAAAAUGAUAGAAUUGUUCAUUCUCCUCAAUAUGUAACGAAAAUGAAGUUCUAUAAUAAUUAUUGGUGGUGCAAUUAAGAACAAUGUUAUUAUUACAAUUAUUUGGGUUAUAGGAACGCAACACGGAGUAUCGUUUAUUUGCGGAUAAAGUUGUAUUAUUUUGUAUAAUAGAGGUAGGUGGUUAGGUUUGUAAAGGGCUUCGUCGCAUAGUACUGAUUAUAUUUUAUUAAAGCAUGGUGAUUUGUACAUAAUGUAUGUUAUAGAUAUCAAUAAAUUAUUAAUAGAAUUUA